AUGGUAGAGACGGUGCUAGGCGUGGCACUCACGGGACUGGCGACUGUGUCAAUUAUACUCUCUGUAAUUGUGGUGUAUGCAGCUGUUAAUGAUGCACUUUUGUCAAGACUACGUGGACUACGUCAAGUUGCAUUUCUGGCUGUCUUUGAUGUGGCCUCCUCGCUCCAGUUUCUCUUUGUCCUCACAGACUUUACCUCGCAUCGCGUCUUUUGUGUCGUCGAGGCUGUUCAGACUCAGUUCUCUUUUGUCAUGUGGCUUGGUAUGCAUACUACCCUCUCGCUCCUUGUCCUCUUUCAAACUCGAUCAGAGCACUCGUCCACAAAAACGUUGAUGAACGAGUGGCUCUCUCUCGCAGGUGUAACUGCCAUCGCUCUCCUCACCGUUCUCUGGAUGUCGCUCCCUUGCGAGUCGGCCAUCGAGGCUCUUCCCUACGCCGCAAGCCUCUGCUGGAUGCGUGACGACUCAGAGUACUCGUGCCGCCUCUUGCUCUUUGAUAUCCCCUGCCAGUUUGCCAUGGCCUGCAACGCCUACGUCCUAGUCGCUGCCGCCCGUCUCGAGGCCUCCAAGCAGCUCCCCUGGGCUCGCACUCUUCGGACCUACACCAUGCUCUACUCGAUUGUCUUUCUCGGCGCCUUUGCCCCGUACGUUACCUCCUUCUGGUACGUUGCCCUCACCGGCUCAACCUCGUCACAGCUCCCGCCCGCCGUCAACGCUUUCAUCCUCCUCGCCUGGGCCGGCCAUGGCGCCAUCAACUCGGCCGUCUUUCUUCCGCUCUGGUAUGGCGUGUCGCGGACAAAGGUCCUCCUUGGUGGCUACUCUACCCUUCCGCAGGAUCUCGAGAUCUCACACCUCCGCCGCCUGCAAGAGUGGGAGAAGCUCGUCCAGAGCCUCACCGGCCUGGUGACCUCAGCCUCUGGCGGCGCCCACGCCGCUCCGCACCGCGGCCUCUUCCAGCGCUACUGCCGCUCGUCCAUGCUGCUUGCCAAGCCGACGAGUGCCGCGCGCCUUCAGCGCACUUCGCGCCCGACCUCGCCGAUCCUGGAAGACGAGCUCGCCUCGCUCCGCGACACCUCGCUCAGCCUUGGCUCGGACGACAUUGACGUCACCCAUGGCGGAUCCGGCGGAGGGGGCCUCUUCCCCUCCCUCGGCGCAGACGACCGUGCUGCACGCGCCCAGUACCGCUCUCUCUUCUCCUACGAACAGCUGUCAGUUGCGGGCGCAGAGUCGGUCCCUCUCCUUGGCCCACACCUCAUGGUCCACCAAGGCCCGCUCUCGCUCCGCUGGGGAAGGCCGGGCGAGGGCUCGGGCGCCUCCACUCCGCGUGCCGUUCCCGGCUCCCCACACACCCCGGCCGUCACCGCCACCGCCGGCAGCGUGCUCGCUGACGAGCGCGGUAGCCUGUAUGCGACGAGCUCGCCCGGUCGCGCCUCUCUGGCAGCCUCGGCGCCCACCCUCUUCUCCACUCUUUUCCGCACAAGCUCCGCCGCCUCGCCCAUCGCCGGCUCGGGCUCCGCGAGCGGCGUCUCGUCGUCGGCCGGCUCGGGCCUCGGCUCCAAAAAGUUCAAGCCGUACCUGUUCCGCCUUGCCGGUGAGACGCUCUACUACUACCUCCCCCGCGCUGCGCCCGACGGCGAGACCCUCCGCCCAGCCUCGCUCUUCCGCACCGUCCGUGGCAUGGAGCCGGCCGCCCUCACCUCGAUGAUCAAGGCCACCGACUUUGCUGGCGCCAUCCCACUCGCUGGGGCCACCAUUGUGGCUAGCUGGCGGCGCGGGAGCGACUCGUGCGACGACGAUGAUGACGAGGCCGCGCAAGGCUGGCCAGGUUCGGGGAGCACAAGUCAAGCCGACGCUGCCGGCGCAUACAUCAUUCGUAUUCUGCAAGAAGGCCAGAUCUUUGAGCUCCGCGCAGACACACUCGACGAGGCCGAGGUCUGGCUGGCCAAGUUGCAGGAGCUCGAUCCGGGCGGUGUGCGCCAUGUCGAGGUCGUCUCCGAGGGUGGGACACCGAUGCUUGAGCUCGGCGGGCCGACUUGCUCCGUCUGCAUUGCCCGCUACCCGCUCGGCGCCCGCCGGGCAGCGACCUGGAUGCGCUCGCGUGACGACGCCGUCUUUGUUGCCGGCUACCUCGACCACAUGCGCCUUUCGCUUGCCGCCAACAACGAGGUUGCGGCCCGGCUUGCCGCCGUCCCCUCCAUGUACCCCGUCGCCUUCUCGCCGUCCACCUUUCUCCUCGAGGUUAUCGGCCUCCACACGGUCAACGCCAUUGGCUAUGUCGUCCAAGAGUCGCUGCCACUGCAGGUCAGCGCCAUGCUGGGCAUCUUUGGCCUUGAGGGCUUUCUUGAGGAAUUUGUCAUGCACCCGCGCCGCGGCUGGGGCUCGCACGGCUACGGCGCGCGCAACUACGUCGCGCUCUCGCUCGCAGACCUGGAGACGCUGCGGAAGGACUCGGCUCUGCUCGCCUCGUUUGGCCUCACCGGCUACGCCGUCCAAGUCAGCGUCGUCUUUGUCUCGGGCUGGUCCCGCCUUGAUUCCUUCACCCGGGCCACCGUCGCCGCCCAGUUUGCCCGACUCCGGGCCAUUCCGCAGUCGUUUGACGUUGGCAAGUUUGUCCUUCUCCGCAUCAUCGACUUUGUGCCGGGCGUCGCCGCACCGUCAUCGUGGAGCGGCCUCUGCGGCGCCCGCUUUGAGCGCGGUUCUACCGCCUCGGGCUACCAGGAGCUGUUCAUGAACAAGGUCGCGCUCGAGCUGCAAUCACCGCAGUCGCGCAUGGCCAACUCUAUGGCCUCUGCUGCGAGCACUUCGUUCUACGUCGCCCAGCCGGCGCACCCAAGCCCCUCCGCUGGCCUUGUGCGCACCAUUUCGGGCUCGUCGACCACCUCGUCUGUCUCUUCCUUCUCGCCCGUCAAGUCGUUUGUUGCCCGCGAGACCACGCCGCUGCUCGGCGACGAGCGCUCGUCGCAGACGCUCUCGGCUCUGGCCGCCCUUAGUGGCGUCGCCCAGCCGCGGACCGUCGUUGACUUUCUUUCCCGACCGGGCUCGACCGUGAGCGAGUACGAGAGUGCUCAGCCGGCGAGCCGGCUCACCUUUGGCAACACCUCGCUCAACGGCUCACUGCCAACCAUUGCGCCUGCCGUCCGCGGCGACGGAAGUGAUCGGAGCAGCGGGAGCGAGGGACGGGUGAGCAACCGCGGUCUCGCACUGGCUCUCGUUUGGGUCCUCUUUGCCGCCUUCCUCGUUGGCUCGCUCUAUGCCUUUCCGCUCUACGUCGCAGACCUGCGCGCCUUCCACAGGCUCGACGGCAACUCGGACGCCCUCGUCAUUGCCGCGCUUUACAUCUUUGGCUUUUACUUUGCCCUGCCUACCGGCUACCUCUAUCGUGUGGCCGGCAUCCGCGGCGGGCUCCUCGGCUCGAGUGGCCUCGUCGUCACUGGCUACGCCCUACUCUAUGCUGACCAGCGGGAUGUUGUGCGGAUGACAGCAGCGUGGCAGCUCGGCCUCUGCUUUGUUGUGGUUGGCAUGGGCUCCAACGGUGUUGUCAUCGGCGCCGUUGCCGCCCUCCUCAACGCGCUGCCUCUCUCGGCGGCGCUCGCUGCAGGCACUCUCUAUGCUGGCACUGCCAUGGGCGCGCUCGGGGCGGGUGCGCUCUACACCCACACCUUUGACCGGUCGCUCGAGUAUCUGGAGUUUUUCCUUGUGCCGCGCGCCCGCGGAUGGGAUGGCGUCUUCGCCGCCGCCUCGGGCGCCCGUCUCCAGGCCAUCCUGCGAUACUCCAAGUCGUCGCCGUGGCUUGUUUCUGAGAUCUUCUCCACCUCGGCGAGUAGUGCGAACGCCCAGGAUGGCCGGGGCGAGGGCAUCGAGGCCGGAGGAAGCAUGGAGGAGCACCAGGCGUCGGCCCUCAUUGCUGCCGCUCUGGACCAUAUGGAUCAUGCGCUUACCGGCCUCUCGCUCUUUGUCCAUCCGGAGUUUGUCCUCCUUGGCGUUGUCGUCUCGCUCGUCCAGGGCACGUCUGAGCUUGUCUCGUCGUACAUUGUCAAUCUGGAGGACCGGGCUGCACCGUCGCAGAUCUACAUGCGGUUCCUGGUCAUCUUUGUCGGGCGUGCCAUCGGCUCGUUCCUCAUGGGCUCGGGCUGCACCCUCUUCACUCCGCGGAGCACCCCUGUUCGCUACUCGAAGCCGUACUCGUACUGGCUGGUUGGUGCCUGCCUCCUCGUCUCGAUGUCGCACAUUCUGCUCACCCGCGACGAUCCGUCGCUCAUCGAGUUUGGCCUCCUCGCCGCCGGCCUCCUCUACGGUGGCCUCGACGUCACCUUUUUGCUGCUCUUGCAAAAGUUCUUUGGCGCCGCCAACAUUGCCCUGAACUACGCCUCACUCACCUCGGUCCAGGCUGCUGGCUCGCUGCUCCUGCAGGUGUACGCGCAGCGGGAGAUCAACUCGAGCUGCUACGGGGCCAAGUGCUUCACUAACCUCUUCCUCAUCGCCUCCACCUGCUGCUUUAUGGGCGCCGGCUUUGGGCUGCUCCUGUGGCGCCUGCGCGCCCGGGAUCGGUUGCGGCGGUCAAAGGUCUCUCGCACCGUGGCGGCAGCCACAGUCGGGAUGCAGUAG